AUGCAACUGAAACUAUCUACCAGCCUCUACUACCCCAUCACCGUCACAGAACUGCUGAAGAAGACUGGCGAUGAAGUGAACCAAGGAGAUGGAUUGUUCGCGUAUUUUUAUCGCACGACUGUGACGGAGGGUGAUGGGCUGGGUAAUAAGGUGGACGUGGUGAGGACGUUUCCCACGAGGUUCGAGAGUACGGUGGAUGGGACCUUGAUGGAAUGGAAGGUUCGGAAGGGACAGGUUAUUGAGGCGCCGAUUACUAUUGCUGAGAUAGAUGAACCCUGUGCUCACGAAGUACAGUUUGGAGGGAUGUGUGCCAAUUGCGGCAAGGAUAUGACUCAUGCAAGCUAUAACACCGAUGUCCCCGACUCGCAGCGAGCGCCUAUUCGCAUGGUACACGACAACUCUGCCUUGACUGUCAGCGAGAGCGAAGCUACACGGGUAGAAGAGGACGCCAAACGGAGGCUUCUCUCGUCAAGGCGGCUCUCGCUGGUCGUGGACUUGGAUCAGACCAUCAUCCACGCCACCGUGGACCCGACAGUAGCUGAAUGGCAGCAAGAUAAGGAUAACCCCAACCACGAUGCUGUUAAGGAUGUGCGGUGUUUCCAGCUAGUCGACGAUGGGCCUGGCAUGAGAGGCUGCUGGUACUAUAUCAAACUACGCCCCGGACUAGAGGAGUUUCUGAAAAUCAUCUCCAGCCUCUACGAGCUUCACAUCUACACUAUGGGAACGCGAGCGUACGCCCUGAACGUCGCUAACAUCGUCGAUCCGGACCGGAAGAUCUUUGGAGAUAGAAUCCUCAGUCGUGACGAGAGUGGGAGUCUUACAGCGAAGAACCUCCAUCGAUUAUUCCCCGUCGACACCAAGAUGGUUGUCAUCAUCGAUGAUAGAGGAGAUGUGUGGAAGUGGAGCGAGAACUUGAUAAAAGUUACACCUUACGAUUUCUUCGUUGGUAUUGGUGAUAUCAACUCGAGCUUCCUGCCGAAGAAACAAGAGCUCAAAGCGAAGCCAAAGCCUGGAGCAAAGGCCAAAAAACUGAUACCCGCAGCCGCUGAAGGAACCGCGAAACCAGAAGCCAAUGGAUCAAAACCCGAAACCGCCGAGUCCGCCGACCCUGAUUCAAAAGACUCCGAGGUAUCUACUCUCGAGCAGCUAGUAACGAUGGGAGGGGACAACCCCGUCUUGCUCCAGGAACAAGCAAACCAGCAGGAAGAGGAGAUUGCACACCAGGUGGAGGAACGUCCUUUGCUCCAAAAACAGAAGCUCUUAGAUGCCGAGGAUGAAGCGGCCGAAACACAACAAAGUACAGAAAAUGGCGACUCAUCCAGUGACGAGUCUCAAGAGUCAAUAAAACAUCAUCGCCACCAUCUACUUGAAGACAACGAUGGCGAACUUCCACUCCUCCAAGAACGACUUCGGCUAAUACACCAACGUUUCUUCGACGAGUAUGACCGAAAACGCACUCAGGCUCUCGGUGGUAGGGUAACGGCUCUGAAGGGCCAGCGUGCGCCCGCCAAAGACAAGGCAAUCGACCUACAGAUAGUCCCGGACGUCAAGAUUCUAAUGCCACAGAUUAAGCGGGCAGCACUUGACUCUGUCGUCUUGGUAUUUUCAGGUGUCUUGCCGCUCGGGACAGACACACAGAACGCUGAUAUCUCAUUAUGGGCUAAAAGUUUCGGCGCCACGAUCACCUCGAAGAUUAACUCGCGCACAACACAUCUCGUCGCUGGAAGGAAUCGAACUGCCAAAGUGCGGGAAGCGACUCGAUAUCCAAAACUCAAGAUAGUCACUGUCCAAUGGCUCGUUGAAUGUAUGACUCAGUGGAAGCGGCUGGACGAAGAACCGUAUCUUGUCCCCGUACACCCAGACGAUAGAGGUGAACCCAUUGGCUCAGCUGAGGAUUCGCCAGACGGGAAGGAAAAUGCAGACGACUCCUUUCCCUCGUCCUCAGAAGACGAUUCUACUCCGGCGACUGACGAAGAGGGCGAUGAUUCACGAUCAAAGGCAGCUAGAAAGCGAAGAAACUCUGACGAAGAGAUCCGUAUAUCAACCGGCCUCACCGAUCAUUCACAACUCGGCUACGAUGAACAAGAGCAAGCAACCGUGCAUGAUGAGCUUAAAGAAUUUCUCGGCAGUGACAACGAAGACAGCGAAAGUGACAGCGACUUUUCCAUGCUAUUCCCCGACAAGAAGCGGAAGAGGGAAACGACAGAAGAGCCAGAGGGCGGUAGUGAACAGGGAGCUACCGAAGAAGACACAGGCACCGAAGGUAGCGGCUCGCGUCUAUCUCAGAAAAUCAAGCGAUCUCACGAACGAACCACGGGCCUAAAAGAGGUUUCUACAGCGUCGCCAGCCAUUUCUAUUACAGAGCCACAACCCGACCUGACCACCGAUGUGGAAAUGGAGAUAGGAAAGGAGGUACUGACAGGAGACAAACCUGAGGUCGAACCGAGAUAUAAAGAUCUAGAUCCCGACGUGGACGAUCCUGAAGACGACGAGGAUGCGCUUGAACGGGAGAUGUUGGCUGCAUUUGACGAUGAUCAGGAUUGGGAUGAGGAGGCUUCCCAGGACGAAGAAGAUGCCAACUAG